CAUCCGCACAGAAGAGCUGCUGCAUUUCUCACAUUUCUACACUUAAUCUCGUCCGUCCACAUCACAAGAUCCCCUCGUCCAGCUGUUCCCCCCCCGCCCGGCGCCGCUCCCGACCCGCCGGCCCCGUCCCAGCGCCGCCCGACCUCAGCCCGCGGGAUCAGGCUCGGCCGAAUCAGGAGAAAUCUGAAGACCGUAGACCAGGUCGUCCGUCAGUCCUCCUCACGACCUCAGUCCAAGUCCUGAGUCCAGUCCAGAGUCGUGUCCAGAGUCCAGACCGGAGCCCGUUGCCAUGGAGAGGGUGCAGCACAUGACCAAGUCUGCGAUCCGGAGAGCGUCUCAGAUCGAGGUGAACCCCCAGGCCAAGAGGAACCUCCAGGAGCUCUUCGUCAACUUCACCCUGAUCCUCAUCUGCCUCCUGCUCAUCUACAUCAUCGUCCUCCUCAGCAGCUGAAGAGCGCGCGGGCUAACGCUACGAGCUAACGCUAAGCUAACGCUACGAGCUAACGCUAACGCUACAGGCUAACCUUUGAAAUCGAGUAAACAUGUUGAUAUUUCGAUGGUUUGGGAGUCGAAAAACACACUUAAAACACAACUUAAAUUAGCUCUGACCUUGAAUCAUGUUUAAAGAGAAAAAUAUUAGUUUAAUUACCGUUUAAAUCUUUUAUUUUUACUGUAAAAGAGCGGCUAAAUUAACGACUAGCACGCGCCACAGACCAGUGUUUCCCAAACUGUUUUUCUGGGGACCCAUAUUUUAAAAGCUACAAACUUUCACGACCCAAGUCCAGAGAAAUUAUUCGUAAAUCACAAAAUAAAGAACAUUACUGAGGAUAUUUUAUUGUUGACUCAAGUUUAAAUAAUGAAAAACACUCACUGAAGCAGCAAUAAGUCGCCUAUUUGGACUUUAAAUGUGGCCCGUUUAUUUUUCUUUUCAACAUUCAAUUGAAGCAGCAAAACUGGAACAAAAUAAUCAAUAAAAUAAUGACAAAAAGAUUAGAAAUGAUCCAAAACAUGUCUUAAGAUUUCAGCUUUUCUAGUGAGACGGGAGGUGUUCCUGUCUGGGUUUUUGUAUCUUGUUCCAGACCCCAAAAAAAUCUCUUUGGGAAACAGUGUCACAGACUGUAUACGUGAGUGGACAAAGCUAAACCAUCAUGGGCGUGUUUCCGGCUCCACCGACUCUAGCUCCAAUUGACUUCACAUUGAAAAAAACGCGGCUCCUCUCUCGGUAACUGUCGCCGCGAGCUUCGUCGUUUUGGUCUUAAAAUGUUGGCGUUAACCCGCUCUACAUGCUCCUCGGGUUUUUUAUUCAAUAAUUUUGUUCGUAAAUAAAGAUAUGAACAUUAAUAACAGACAAAUCAGACGCCUGCUUUCCCCCGAGGUCGUUCCUGAUUGGCUCUUUGGUUGCUUUGAUUCUCUCAAAUAUAAAACUCAGAAAUUUACUCCUAUAACUGCCAGCCUCGAUGAGCUUCAUUUGACUGGAGCCGAACGCUGUGGUGACGUCAAAGGAGCCGAGUCCACUUCUUUAUACAGUCUGUCUUGGUCUUGGUAAUUGAUAUUAAAUAUAUAUAUAUUUUAUAUUUAUAAUAGACUCUACUCACGCUUACGUCACAAAUCAGGAAGAAGUUUGGAAUCAUGUGACGCCGACUUCCUUCGAGCUCUAUUCGCCGUCGUAAGUCUGACAAAAUCUAGUAAAAAUGAGAGAAUGUCCCAGAUGUCCGAGUGCACUGGUUCAUGUGUUUAGAAAAGACGAGACGCCAAAUUCUAGUUGAUUCCAAACAGCACAAACACACUUUUACGUCACUGGAAAUCGUCGUCGUCGCGUGUUUCCGAACGUCGUCCCGGUUUGUGACGUAAACGUGAGCAGAGUCCACUUCAGGUGCUUCUUAAGAAUCGACACCAAAAUGACAGAAAGUUGAAAACUGAAGGUGCAAGAAACACAAGUGUUUAAAUAAUAAUCUAGUGUAAUAUUGUCGAGGUGAACCAGCUGAUAUAGAGAGACAAUACAGAACGUACAUACAUAUCUGCAUUAAUAUGUCGUGGUAUAGAUAAACACGGUGUCCACACGUCCCUGUUCACCCGGGACAGUCCCAGUCCUCAGUCCUGUGCCCCCGUCCCUGCAGAUUUACACAAAACCAAGAAAUGUCCCCAAUGUCUCUGUUUUGGACCAAUCUGAUCCCAGUAAAAACAGGAGGUGUAACAAAGAAAACUCACAGUUCAGUUCAUUUUUGGUUCAGUUUGGGAACAAAAACCGUUUGCGUGUUGUUUAUUUGAGUUUUUAUUAAACCAACAAUUUGUUUCAACAUGAAAUAAACAGUAAAAUAAAAUUAAUGGAAAGUGCUGAUUGGUAAAACUAAUAAGUUCAAUAAAAUAUUCUCAAAUAAGCAACAAAUAUAAAAAAAAUGUAUUCCUUGUAAACAGUAAACAAAACUUUUCAAAAAGUAAAGUGCAGCACAAACUAAACCAGAACUAAAACUAAAACUAAAAAUUCCAGCAUGAACUUUUACUCAAUCUUCAGAUUUUUGGCCAGAAAACUGCAGUGGAGCAGAUCUGGUUGGGAGGGACGAGGUCGAGUCGGGGGAUCAUAGUUUUGAAGACGUGGCUCUAAAUAUAAAACCUGCAGGAAACUCUUCCCCAUCACAGAUGAAUUCUCCCGUGAAGAUUAAAGAGUCGAGUCUCGUGAAGCUGCACAUGUAAACAAACAUGAACUGCACCAAACCAAACGUCCUGAACCACAAACACAUGAACCGUUACACGUCCAGUAAAGAGACGCAGAAGAGAGUCAAGAAAAAACCACCAAAACACAAAGACAAUGUGACUAUAGGCGAGUUUCACUGUUGACAAAAGCGCGUGUUGCAUGAUGGGAAUUAUUUUGUUCGGCGGCAAGAAACACUAAUUGAACAUGACGGACGGAGCGAGAAAACACGUAAAGGUAUUGAUCCUGGUUAUUUAUCCACUCGAACGGCAGACGACCCAAGACCAUUUGACCAGAAAUUGAUCAUAAACAUCGACAGACGACAAAUCACCUUUUCAACCCCGACAAAAGUGAAACCAAACCACAUCAGAAUCUCCAACUCCCUGGACAAAUAUUCACUUUGGCGACAUCCACGAUGACCAGUGUUGGAGAGUAACAGAUUACAUGUACCAGAGUAAUCAGAGUACAAAUGAUGAGUAACUGUAUUCAGUUACAGUUACUGUUUCCGUGAGUGGUAAUUGGAUUACAGUUACUUUGUUGAAAUAAAUGGAUUAAACAGAGGGAUUUUACUGUUUUGGCGUUUUGGGCUAAAUCCCCCUUUUUUUUCGGUAAUUCCACUCAUUGCCGGAAACUAAACCAGGACUAAACCAGGUCUAAACUAGAUCUA